CUCAGGUCCUCCGCUCAUUAGGGGUGUGGCCCGGCCUGGGGAGCUGAACAGGUGGCCAAGUCUGGUGACAAGGCCAUUGGGCUGUUGCUAUGGGGAUGGGGGAUGGAGGCCUUUUGCCUUCAGCCCCAGUUUUCUGCCUGGCAGCUCUAAUGACCGGCCGCCAGCCCUGCGGAGGCCCUGCUCCUGGUUGCCAUGGCAGGCUGCCUUCCUCCCCCCCAGAUGGAGGCCCCCCCGCAGGAGAAUUCACCGCACAUCUGGUCUCCGCACACCUGGUCGCAGCAGGAAGUGUUGGGUGGCAGCUGAGCUCCGGGAAGCAGGUUAGGGUGUGAGAGAAACAGUCACCUUCAGCCUAAUUGCUCAAAGGCUGUCCCCAGCGCCGAGGGGACGGCAGCUUUUCUGCUGAGUCUGUUGGAGCCGAGCCGCACACAGCUCACACAGCCUGAGAGCUGAGCAGCCCGAGCCCAGCGAUGGCCCUGCCCCGGCCACCCCCGUCUGACCAGGCCUCUGUGGGGAAGGGUCCCAGGUGUAGCCCUGAAGACGAGGCUCGUGGGCUUGCUGGGAACGAUGAAAAGGAGGAAGCUCUGACUGAAGCUCCAGCCAGAACCCAGCCGAAGGGGGACCGUAGUUGCCCAGGCGCCCAGGGCCAGCCAGCUCCUGGUUGGGAGAAGCCUCGGGACAGUCCUGCUCCGGAAACCUGUUGGGAAAGGCGGAGGGGUCCCAGCCCCCAGGAGCGGGCUGCGGUGCCGAUGCCGGAUGACGGUGCCGGGAUGGAGACCGCCAAGAAGGAAAAGGCAGAGCAGAUCCUGGCGGAGUUCCGACUGCAGGAGGAGGACCUGAAGAAGGUGAUGAGGCGGAUGCAGAAGGAGAUGGACCGUGGCCUGAGGCUGGAGACUCACCAGGAGGCCAGCGUGAAGAUGCUGCCCACCUACGUACGCUCCACCCCCGAAGGCUCAGAAGUUGGGGACUUCCUCUCGCUGGACCUGGGCGGCACCAACUUCCGGGUGAUGCUGGUGAAGGUGGGGGAGGGGGAGGCCGGCCACUGGAGCGUGAAGACCAAGCACCAGAUGUACUGCAUCCCCGAGGACGCCAUGACGGGCACCGCGGAGAUGCUCUUCGACUACAUCUCCGAGUGCAUCUCCGACUUCCUGGACAAGCACCAGAUGAAGCACAAGAAGCUGCCCUUGGGCUUCACCUUCUCCUUUCCCGUGAGGCACGAGGACAUCGACAAGGGCAUCCUGCUCAACUGGACCAAGGGCUUCAAGGCCUCGGGAGCAGAAGGGAACAACAUCGUCGGGCUCCUGCGAGAUGCCAUCAAGCGGAGAGGGGACUUUGAGAUGGACGUGGUGGCGAUGGUGAACGACACUGUGGCCACCAUGAUCUCCUGCUACUACGAAGACCGCCAGUGUGAGGUUGGCAUGAUUGUGGGCACGGGCUGCAACGCCUGCUACAUGGAGGAGAUGCACAACGUGGAGCUGGUGGAGGGGGAAGAGGGCCGCAUGUGCGUCAACACCGAGUGGGGCGCCUUCGGGGACGCGGGCGAGCUGGACGAGUUCCUGCUGGAGUACGACCGCGCGGUGGACGAGAGCUCGCUGAACCCGGGCCAGCAGCUGUACGAGAAGCUGAUCGGCGGCAAGUACAUGGGCGAGCUGGUGCGGCUCGUGCUGCUGCCGCUGGUGUACGAGGACCUGCUCUACCGCGCGGAGGGCUCGGAACAGCUGAGCCCGCCCGGCGCCUUCGAGACACGCUUCGUGUCUCAUGUGGAGACGUGCGCGCGGAGACCCGGCGCCCCCCGGCCCCGGCCCCGCGUGGUGCGCGUCCUCCGCGCAGAGCCCCAGCCCCGUCUCCGCCCAGGAAACACGAGGCGGGAUGGACACUGUCCCAGCUCCCUUGCUGCUCAUGGGUCCCAGGGUUCUCACCUCAUCUUCCCCGCAGGUCCCAGGCAGGGGAGGGGCCCCUGGGCGCACGCAGGGCAGGUCCCUGGAGGGGGCAGGGUAGGCCGCGGGGUGGGGGGGCACAGGAGGCGGACCCUCAGCCGGCCUCCCCCGCGCAGCUUCAAGGAGCGGUUCCACGCCAGCGUGCGCAGGCUGACCCCCAGCUGCGAGAUCACCUUCAUCCAGUCGGAGGACGGCAGCGGCCGCGGCGCCGCCCUGGUCUCCGCCGUGGCCUGUAAGAAGGCGUACAUGCUGGGUCAGUGACAGCGGCGGCCAGGCACGGAGGAGGCUCCGGGGGACAGACUCCCCCACAGGCGCCCCCAGCCUGGCCUGCCUCCCGACCAGCUGCCGCCUGGAGAUGGGGAAGGCACGAAGGAGAAGCCUUGUGGGCAGGCCAGUCUUCCCGAGUCAGUGGGAGGGACAGCCUCGGGGCCCUGCCUGGGUUGGGGGCUCAAGGAGCAGAAAUGGAGAUGCCCACGUCUCCUGUCUUUCUGCUGGAAUCAACCACCGGAGGAAGUGGCUCGCUCAGGACUUAGUUGGAGCUUCCGGCUUGGUUCAGCCUUGCCUGGGCCCCGCUCUGGGGAGGGGUGCCCUGUGGACCCUGCUGUGGCCUGGCUUCCCUGGGACUCCGCCCACAUGGGGAGGCAGCCCAGGGACCUGGCCAGAUCUCCGCCUGGCUCCACAGCGCAGGGCUGCUGACCACCCAGGCCUGGUGGGCUUCUCUGCCUGGAGACAGAGGAGAGGGGGGCAGGGACCAGCUCAGCGUGGAGACGGAGGCACCAGGAGGCCUGGGAUGGCAGCCUCUUCCCGCCCACCUCGCCUCUCCUGAGGGCCUGUGCUUCUGGGAUGGAUGCUCACAGGAGGUGCAAGAGACCAGCCCCCACAGCCCCUGUCAAGGACCCAGGAAGAGGAGAACCGCCCCGAGGGGGCUGCCACACACCAGCCAGCAGCACCCAGCACAGCCUCCAAGGGACCACCAGCCUCUUCAUGCCCAACAUGGGACUGGGUGGUUUUUUUAAUUAAAAGUUUUAAAAGUUUA